AUGCCUGAACCCGCCAAGUCGGCUCCGGCCCCGAAGAAGGGCUCCAAGAAGGCGGUGACCAAGGCGCAGAAGAAGGACGGCAAGAAGCGCAAACGCAGCCGCAAGGAGAGCUACUCGGUGUACGUGUACAAGGUGCUGAAGCAGGUGCAUCCCGACACGGGCAUCUCGUCCAAGGCCAUGGGCAUCAUGAACUCGUUCGUCAACGACAUCUUCGAGCGCAUCGCGGGCGAGGCGUCCCGCCUGGCGCACUACAACAAGCGCUCGACCAUCACGUCCAGGGAGAUCCAGACGGCCGUGCGCUUGCUGCUGCCCGGGGAGCUGGCCAAGCACGCCGUGUCCGAGGGCACCAAGGCCGUCACCAAGUAUACCAGCUCCAAGUAAACUUGUCAUCUUCAGUAGCACCAGCGUCAUCAGGCUCUUUUAAGAGCCACCCACGUUGUCACUUAAAGAGCUGUAACUUUACAAGCU